AAAAAAAAAAAAAAAAAAAAACAGUAUCUAAAUCUGAAUCAUAACAGAAUAAAACCCAUCCCCAUCAAAAAGCCCAAGAUCUAGAAGAAGAAAAAAAAUGCCCACAUUCUACCCCUCCCUCACCCCAACCCUCACAACAUGGGCCCUCCAACAGCCCGUCUUCUUCGUCUCCAGCGCGCCCCUCCGCGGAAAACACAUCAACAUGUCCCCCAAGGGCAUGGCCGACACCUCGCUCGCGAUCAUGGGCCCCAACGAAGCGGCGUACGUCGACAUGACGGGGUCCGGCAACGAGACGAUCGCGCACGUGCGCGAGAACGGCCGGGUGACGGUCAUGUUCUGCUCGUUUGAGACGACGCCGCGCAUCCUGCGGCUGUUUUGCACGGGGAGGGUGGUUGAGGCUGGGGAUGGGAAGGGGGCGUUUGAGAGGGUUGUGGACAGGAUGGGGUUGGGGGGGAAGGUGUUGGUUGGGGCGAGGGCGGCUAUUGUGUUGGAUAUUUUCAAGGUCCAAACAUCCUGCGGCUUCGGCGUCCCCCGCUUGGCGCUGACCGUCGACCCCGACACGCAAGAGCCCACCCCCACGCUGGCAACGCGCGACACCUGGCUCAAACAAGCGGAGAAGCUGGACCGCGUGGGCAAGCUGGGGGGUUACCGAGCGGAGUGGAACACGCAGAGCUUGGAUGGGCUGCCGGGACUGGAGUCGGCGAGGAAGGAGAGCGGGGGAUUGCGGUCUGUGUGGUGGGGGCGGGUGGGCAAUUGGUCGCGCUGGUAUCGCACGCACAUCGAGUGGGUGGUGGUUGUGGCCAUGGUGGCCUUUCAUUUCUAUGCUUAUGAUGUUUAUCCUGUCAUUCUCGCCCUUGCUUUUCCUCUUCUCCUUGGUUGA